CUUGAACCUCUGAAAACUUACCUUCGUCUCCACUCCGCCGCCAGUACGACCUAGGCACCUCGUGCGCCGGCCAACCCAAAGGUCGAAUCCACCGCUGACGCCUGCCGUCGCUCCACGCGCGUCGCCGCCAGUCACGCCGGCCUAUCUCAUCGCGUACCUCUGCUUUCUGCACCUCCGCAAUCUUAAUUUGGGGAUCUAAGGAGGGAGAAGCAGGGAGCAGGAGAUAGUAUUGAAUGGAGGAUUAAAUUUGGGGGUAACUGCUUGUGAGAGUUUAGACCCAAACUGAUUAGCCUCCACAAAAUUACAGCAUGCUUUCCUUGAGAUAUGGAACGCCUGCAUUUGGUCUAGUGUCGGAGAGAGCCACCGACGCGCAUUUUCGAAAGUUCAACUCUGUAGUGGUAUGUGGUGCCAGGGGUCCGAGACCAAGGUAUCCUAGAGUAUGGAAAACAGAUAAGAGGAUCGGAACCGUUUCCAAGUCGCAAAAGCUUGUCAAAUGUAUUAAAGAUUUGUCUAAUGUAAAGGAGGAAGUUUAUGGUGCUCUUGAUUCAUUUGUUGCAUGGGAACUGGAGUUUCCCUUGAUAGCGGUAAAGAAGGCAUUGCAUACGCUUGAGGAGGAAAAGGAAUGGAAAAGAAUAAUUCAGGUUAUCAAGUGGAUGUUCAAUAAAGGUCAAGGGAAGACCAUGGGAAGCUAUCAGACUUUAUUAACUGCUUUAAUUGAGGAUGGACGAGUUGAGGAAGCAGAAGAACUAUUUGGAAAGAUAUUCUCGAGAUAUAUGGAGGGUUUGCCCCGUAUAUUUUUCAUGAAGAUGAUCUCCUUGUACUAUAGUUUGGGGUCAUACCAGAAGAUGUUUGAGGUUUUUGCUGAUAUGGAAGAGCUGGGUGUUCGACCUGAUCGUUCAAUUGUCAGGAUGCUCAGUGUAGUAUUUAAGAAGCUAGAUAUGCUGGAUAAAUACGAAAAGUUAAAUAGGAAAUAUCCACCUCCAAAAUUUGAAUACCGAUACAUCAAAGGCAAACGCAUAAGGAUAGCUGUUUACCCAGAUGAUAAUAUUGAAGAGAUAACACAGAGAAACUCUGGCACAGAUGAACUGGAAGAGGCAGAAGGCAUAAACAGUGACAAUGAAUUUGAAGAAGAGGCAAGCACAGGCCUGGACCAAAAUGUAUUAGGUGAUGCAGCUUGUGGAGAUCUUGAAGUUGUAUAGCUCAGAGCUUCAGUUUGGUGUUUUCGUGCCUGGUUCAUCAGAGCUGUUGUGCCGCAACUUGUUCUAUAAUGUUGCAGUUUAGUCCAGUGUUGCCAUAAUUGGAAAUGGACAAAACAAAUGGCAGACUGCAGAUGUUCUUCUGAUAUUAUGGAUACAGUUGAUACAGCAAGAUGUGUUGUUAAGGGAGAGAAGCGCAUUUUGAUACACAGCAAGGCUUCACCAUGUGAUGCUACAGACAUCAGUGUUCGAUCUUCCUGAAUUUUGUUAUCGAACUGUAUGGGUUUAUAUCCUUACUCUGUGAAUCCAUGCGAUGAUGUCCCUUCAAACAUACAUGGAUGUGGCCUUAAUGUUCAGCUAUUUCAGGCCAGGGUGAAGGCAGUUUAUUCUCUAACGCUGAAAUGUAUAUUGGUAUUAGUUGUAGGACUAGCAUUAGACAUGCAGUAGUAUCUCCCCUUGAAAUGAAAUGGCUGUAGAUGAAUUUUCUGCGGAUAUCGGUAUGAUCUUAAAUUUUCCCCUUUAAAGGAGGUGAGGCCAAUUGA